AUGAGAAAAGUUAUUAUAUCCGAUUUCGACGAGACUAUUACGAGGAAGGACACCAUCACUGUGCUGGGCAAGAUACCAUACCACAUUAAACCCGGCCUGACACCUAGUUGGGAUCACUUCAGCAGUAAUUACUACGAUUGCUGGAAGAAAUACCACAGCAAGAAUCAGGAUUUGAGGCGGCUCCCUUUGUUGAGCUCACACGUCAGGGAUCAAGGCAUCCACGGAGGAAACUACAGCAGCUUGUUCAAGGAUGAGAUAGAGUACCAGCGUAACAACCGGGUCAUAGAACUCUCGAGCACAGUCGAAAUGGCUAAACAGAAGAUCUUCAGCGGGGUCACACACCAGCAUGUGCAUGACUACGUGGGUACCAAGUUGAAGAAGGACGAAUGUGUCCUGCGUGAAGGUGUAUUGGAUUGCAUAGAUAAUGCAGUCCAGGACCCACGAGAUUUCUACAUACUGUCCGUAAAUUGGUCACCAGAAUUCAUAGACGCAUGCAUCGGUACAGGUAAGAUCCCAAAGGAGAACAUCAUAUGCAAUAGACUGCUCUCUGAUGAAGAUGCCACUUAUACUGGUGAGUUUGAGAACGAGGUGCUCUGUGGUUCAGACAAGAUCGUAAAGCUUCAAGAAAUAAUUAACAAGAGGGCCGGUGAGCAAGACCAUCUGAGUCUAUGGUACAUUGGUGACAGUGAAACCGACAUAUUAGCAAUCUUACACCAUAGUAUCAACGGAAUAUUACUUGUAGACCCAGAAGAGAAUGCAUCGAAGUUUAAAAAGCUUGCCGAGGAUGUAUUGGGAGUUGACAAGCAACUUCUAGACUCUUUUACAACCGACAGCUCGUUACUGUUUAUUAAAUGCUUGAAUAAGGAUCACAAUAAUUCUCUGUAUCUGGCAAAAUCUUGGAAAGGUGUACAACAAAUACUGAACCAAAAUUAG